AUGUCGAACGACAGCUGCGUACGUCGUUGCAACCCUCGGAAAGUAUUCGGCCUAACGGGACAGGAAGCAGGUUACUUCUAUGUGCAGAUGAGAAAGGCCGGAAUCACACUUCGAAAACUUGACCUUGAUGCUGAGAGGCUUGCAUCGCCGUCUAUCUCGGAAAUUGACCAACUCGCUGGGCGAAGCCAGAAGCUUGAGCAGCGCAUCUUCGCGCUGAACGAUAACUACGUGACCCUCAAGAAGCGUGAGCGUGACCUCAUUGAAUGGCGCUGGGUACUGUGGGAGGCUGGUGGCUUCUUUGAUCGCGCUCUCGGCAACGUGGAGGAGAUUCGAGCCUCUACACACAACGAUGACGCGCCAUUGCUCUCCGACCUUGAGGUGCAUAACGCUGCGCCUGACGUCGAGAGAUUAUAUUCCGGCAUAGAAAUCAACUUCGUCGCUGGCGUCAUCUCCCGGGAUCGGUGUGCUACCUUUGAGCGGAUUCUUUGGCGAACUCUUCGUGGCAACCUGUACAUGAAACAGUCGGAGAUUCCGGAGCCGCUGACUGACCCUACGAGUAACGAGGCUAUCAAGAGGAAUGUCUUUCUCAUCUUCGCUCAUAGCAAAGAGAUUGUCGCAAAGAUCCGGAAGAUAGCUGAAUCUAUGGAAGGUGAGGUAUACAAUGUCGAUGAGAAUAGCGACCUCCGACGUGAUCAGAUUCACGCGGUGAACAAUCGUCUCGAGAACGUUCAGAGCGUCCUUCACAAUACCCAGACUAUUCUUGAGGCAGAGCUCAACCAAAUUGCGCAGUCUCUGUCUGUCUGGAUGGUGCUCAUUGCAAAAGAGAAAGCUGUAUACACCACACUCAACCUGUUCUCUUGCGAUCCUACCCGCGGGACCCUCAUCGCUGAGUGUUGGUGUCCCACGAAGGAUUUGCCUCUAAUUAGAACUACUCUCCAGGACGUUACAAACCGAGCUGGCCUCUCCGUCACGUCCAUCAUCAAUGAGAUACGAACCAACAAGAAGCCACCUACUUAUCUGAAGACCAAUAAAUUCACCAAAGGCUUCCAGACCAUUGUCAAUGCGUAUGGUACAGCCAUAUAUCAGGAGGUUAACCCGGCAAUGCCUGUCAUUGUCACCUUCCCUUUCCUCUUUGCUGUAAUGUUUGGCGACUUUGGACACGCUGUUAUCAUGCUCUCUGCUGCGUUGGCCAUGAUCUAUUGGGAGAAGCAUCUGAAGAAAGUUUCAUUCGAACUGUUCGCCAUGAUCUUCUACGGCCGAUACAUUGCGUUAGUUAUGGCCAUCUUCUCUUUAUUCACCGGCCUCAUCUACAAUGACGUCUUUUCCAAGCCUAUGACCCUAUUUGACAGCGCUUGGAGGUUCAACAAGCCGGGGGGCGGGCAAGAAGAAAUGCCUGUUUCUGGAACAUUAGACGAAGACGGCUACCGCUAUCCAUUCGGUCUAGAUUGGGCAUGGCAUGGAACAGAGAACGAUCUUCUCUUCAGCAACAGCUACAAGAUGAAGAUGAGCAUCAUCCUUGGCUGGGCUCACAUGACCUACUCGCUUUGCUUCUCCUACAUCAAUGCGAGACAUCUCAAGAAGCCUAUUGAUAUCUGGGGUAACUUCCUUCCCGAAAUGAUUUUUUUCCAGGCUAUCUUUGGUUACCUCGUCUUUUGCAUUAUCUACAAGUGGUCGGUGGACUGGUUCGACACUGGUGCGCGGCCGCCUAGCCUUCUGAACAUGUUGAUUUACAUGUUCCUGCAGCCUGGAACCCUUGACGAGCGCUUGUACGCUGGCCAAGAAUAUGUUCAGGUCAUUCUGCUCUUAAUAGCUUUUGCCCAGGUCCCCAUUUUGCUCUUCCUCAAGCCCUUCUUUCUCCGUUGGGAUCACAACUGUGCCCGUGCUACCGGGUAUCGUGAGAUCGGCGAAACCUCCCGUGUUAGCGCCCUAGACGGCGACGAUGAGAGCGAGGGUGUUGCAAUGAUUACCCAGAACAUUGGUGAAGAUCACGAGGAGUUUGAGUUUGGCGAGGUCAUGAUUCACCAAGUCAUCCACACUAUUGAGUUUUGCUUGAACUGCGUUUCCCACACUGCUUCCUACCUACGUCUCUGGGCUUUGUCGCUAGCUCAUCAACAACUGAGUGUGGUACUUUGGAACAUGACUCUCGGCCCUGCUUUGAAGACGGGAGGCGUUGUCGGCGUCAUUAUGAUUGUCGUCUGUUUCUAUAUAUGGUUCCUCCUCACGAUUGCCAUUUUGGUGUGCAUGGAGGGUACGAGUGCCAUGUUGCACUCGCUCAGAUUGGCGUGGGUUGAGUCCUUCUCGAAGUUCGCAGAGUUUGGAGGUUGGCCGUUUGCACCAUUCUCGUUCAACACUAUGUUAGAGGAGUCGGAGGAGUUGAAGGACUACGUGGGAUGA